AUGGUGGGCGAUUUUGCUGGAUCCUUUGAUGAGUUCGUCGAUGGGUUUGGCCGCUGCUCUCCCGGUCGCUGGAAGCCAUGCAACCCGGGCACGGUGAUGUCAGCGGAAGCCUUGGACUUUGCGCAGCGCUUGAAUCAGGCGGUUUGUCGUGGAGUGUGUUCCAGAUUUGGCGAAGUCGACUUUUCGUCUGGCGACGGGGCACUGGAACGGUCCGCUGUUGACCAGGGUCGCUUGGAAGAGCUUGGGGAGGACUGGUUCAACAUGGCGAUAGCUCAGACCCUUCGGAUUCUUGGGGACCCAGACUAUCGCAUCAUCGAGGAAGGAAAAUUCUGCUUCGUGAACGGCGUCGAGGUCGGGCACACGGCGCCGCUGGGGCCAGUGCCUCAAGUGUUUCGAUUCCGCCGAAAGGAUCAGAAAUAUGAUGAGUCCAUCUGGCAGCCGUUGAUGCAGAACUACCGCGACGGGGCUGAAGUCGAGAAGGCCUUGGAGGAGGCUUUCACCAAAGAAGAGGCAGAAGGACGUAUGUUCCCGCUUUCUUUGGCGGAGGCGAAGGCGCGCUUCCCAGGGCCUGCUCCACGCAUUGCCGCUCAAGCAGUAAUUCCGAAACCUGACCAUGAGUUUCGUGUGGUCCAUGAUGGGACCCACGGGGUCCACGUCAACAAUGAGAUUGUUAUGCUUGACCGUCUUGAAUCACCUGGACCGAGGGAAAUUUCUUCGAUUCAGAAGCUGGGCAUGGUUGCCGAAGAGAAAGGAACUUUCGGAAUUGCUUCGGCGGCCUAUUGGUUCGCCCGCUUGAUUGGUCUGGUGGGCCGCUUGUCUCUUAGAGUGAUGCUGCAGGCUUUUGUUUUCAUGCUUAUUUAUGCAGACGACCUCCAUCUGCUCAGCGGCGGUUCAGAUCGAUGGCUCAACCUCUGGAUGUCCCUUGCCCUUUUGUGCAUGCAGGGCACACCCUUCUCGGAGAAGAAGUGGCGCGGGGGACUGCAAGUUGAUUGGGUCGGCUACUGGAUUGAUUAUAUGAUUAUGGCCGCUUUAAGAUUGGGAUUUCGGAGAAGAGAUGCCAGUGGAUCAUAUGAUCGAUUGAGGGCAUGGAGGGAGAUGGCUGGCUCGUGGACGUUCGUCGUUUUCACGAACUCCACGGCCGGUUAG